CGGUCAAAGCCCUAGAAAUCAGACUAGAGCCAAACGAAAUAAAAUCUUUUUACCCCAAUUUCUCUCGCUAUCUUACUUCAAAACUUUCAUCUUCUUCUCUCUCAAAAUCAAUCUCGUUUCCCAGGUUUUAGUUUUGCUGAUAAUAAUGGCGGGUCAGAGGAAUAGCUAUGGAAAGCGGGCUCAUUCUCAGUCUGAUUAUUCUGAGAAUGGAUCAAAUAAGAGGAGAAAUCCAGGUGAUGACAGGGAACAAUUUGUUAUUGACUCAGAAGAUACCGUAUAUCGGUACUUGUGCCCUGUAAGAAAAAUAGGAAGCAUUAUUGGAAGGGGAGGGGAAAUUGUUAAGCAAUUAAGAGCAGAAACUAAAUCAAAGAUUAGGAUUGGUGAGACAGUUCCUGGUUCUGAGGAGCGUGUGGUUACUAUCUACAGCUCUAGGGAUGAGACAAAUGCCCUCGAAGAUGGUAACAAUUUUGUUUCUCCUGCUCAAGACGCUCUAUUCAGGGUGCAUGACAAAGUUGUAGCAGAAGAUUUGCACGGUGAUGAAGAUUCUGAAGGUCACCAAGUCACUGCUCGGCUUCUUGUACCUUCUGAUCAGAUUGGAUGUGUUAUAGGAAAGGGUGGACAGAUAGUUCAGAACAUACGUAGUGAAACUGGUGCUCAGAUUCGCAUUCUUAAGGAUGAGCACUUACCUUCUUGUGCCUUGAGCACAGAUGAACUUGUACAGAUAUCUGGGGAAGCUACAGUUGUGAAAAAGGCUCUGCAUCAAAUUGCUUCUCGCCUCCAUGAGAAUCCUUCACGAUCUCAGCACUUGCUUGCGGCUGCCAUGUCAAAUGCAUACCCUGCUGGUGGUGCACUGCUUGGUCCAGCUGCUGGUGCCCAGAUCGUAGGAAUAGCUCCAUUGGUGGGUCCUUAUGGAGGAUACAAAGGUGACACUGGAGAAUGGCCACGCUCCUUGUACUCGGCUCCAAGGGACGAGAUGUCAUCAAAAGAAUUUUCUCUUCGUUUGGUUUGUCCAACUGCUAAUAUCGGAGGCGUGAUUGGCAAAGGUGGUGCUAUAAUCAACCAGAUCAGGCAGGAAUCAGGUGCAGUCAUCAAAGUUGAUAGCUCAGCUACUGAAGGAGAUGAUUGCUUAAUAACUGUUUCAGCCAAGGAGUUCUUUGAGGAUACAUAUUCACCUACUAUUGAAGCUGCUGUGCGGUUGCAACCUAGAUGCAGUGAGAAGGUUGAAAGAGACUCUGGAAUUAUAUCAUUCACAACCCGCUUACUCGUGCCAACGUCACGCAUUGGCUGCCUUAUUGGUAAAGGAGGAAGUAUUGUAACUGAGAUGAGGAGGAUUACAAAAGCUAAUAUUCGUAUAUUGUCGAAGGAAAGCCUUCCAAAGAUUGCAUCUGAAGAUGAUGAGAUGGUCCAGAUUGCUGGAGACCUUGAUGUUGCAAAGGAUGCUCUCGUACAAAUAACAACGCGGUUAAGAGCAAAUGUUUUUGAUAGGGAAGGUGCUGUUUCUGCAUUAGUCCCAGUUUUGCCGUAUCUUCCUGUGCCAACAGAGGGAACAGACAGUUUGAGUUAUGAAAGUAGAGACAGCAAAAGGCAUGGACGUGGCCAUUCUUACUCUGGUGGUUAUGGCUCCAGCGAUUUAGGUGCUAGUGACAGCUAUGGAAGCUAUGGGGGUCCCCAGAUUGGUGGUAGUAGCAGUGCUUAUGGAGCUUAUGGAGGUUAUUCUUCAGGACGUGGUGGCCCUUCUGGGUUAUCCAGCCAUACCCCUGUUUCCCGGCGCAAAAACUAUGGGUACUAAAAUUUGGUGAUUGCUGAGAUUUAUGAAGCCUGAAGCCAGCCUACUGCCUACUUUGAUGAAGCCUGCCUAAACCGGAAGACCCGAUGAACCAGGGUUUGACAAACUCAUGGCCCACCCUGAUGCUACUACCUAGAGGGACCAAAUUUAUGUGGAGAUCUUAUUAUUUACUUUGAAAUUUGCCAUGUCCAUGACACCAAAAAUACCAAGCUCUAUAAUAUGUGCUCCCAAGAACCUAGCUAGCCGGCAUGCCUGUUGCUGCCUUUUUAUUGUUGUCUUUUUUGCUUUCCAGUUUGCACUUGUUUAGAGGUUCAAAACCAUGUAGCUUCUUCCAUCCUUUGGCGGUUGUACUAAGAGUGCUGGGGUUUGUUUAUCUAACAUUUGUCUUCUGUGUUCUCUUAAUCCUCUGGUUGUCUCAA